GAAACGGGUGAAAAGGGCAUCUGCCAGUCACAACAUACCAAACGAUUGCCGAUAAAAUCGAAUCGCCGGCGACGCGUUCGAAUCAUUAGACACGGACGAUCGAUCGAUCGAUCGUCAAUGACCGCGUUGCUCUCCUUUCCACCACUCUUUCUCUCUUUCUUCGAUCGACAACGUCUGAAAUUCGGUGACUCGAAUGAAGAAACGCGUGGUCGCGUAGCGUCGAGUUAUCGAUCGUUCGACCAAGUUUUUUUUCGUCUACGCCCGAUAAGAGCGACGGACGUUGUUUCUCCGACACGGUCGCCGAUCCUUCCCCCCUUCUUAACGCGACGGAAAAACCGGGUUUCCCUUCGCGGCGAUCGAUCCAAAUGAUCGCGCGUGAUCGAGCGCGAACCGCGUCAACGCGAGGACGCGAUCCAAUUCGCCGAUUCACGGUUCACGGAGAAGAGAAAAGAGAAAAAAUCGUGAAAGAACGCGUACGGUAGGAUGAACCGAUAAGAGAUGUAGUAAAGGAGUGGAUAGUGGAAGAAAGGUGGAAGGGAGGAAAUGAAAGACGAAGAGGAGGAAUAUCGUGCCUGGGUUGUGCGAGCGACCGAAAGGUUCGGUAGCGUGCAAGGGUCAUCGCUGUCGUUGGCGCGAGGUUAUCGAUGAACCGGGGGUAAAGUGGGGGGAUUUUUGGGCGUCCUCGACGAAACGUCGUUCGUCGCUCAGUAGAUCGUCGGAAACGCGUGGAAAACGGACGAACGGGAAUAGGAACGAGUUGGUUCUCGAUUGAUCGAUUGGAAAUCGGCAAGAAUUGGCGCGAUUCGCAGAAUGGAGAAGAAGAAGAAGAGUUUAGCGGUAGCGAUCCGAAAGAGGUUCGAACGAAAAAGAGACAGCCGAAUCCGUUGGUUGUACGCGUUCACCGCGUCGAUCAGCGUCGCGAUAUUCAUACUGUUUUGGUGCACGAACGUGUUUCACGACGCGAUACUCUCGAACCUGGAACUGAGAAACGGGACGCCGACCUUUCUGUACUGGCAGCAACCCCCGGUCGAUCUCACCGUCAAGGUCUACGUCUUCAACUACACAAACCUGAAGGAGUUCGAGAGCGGAAACGCGACCAGGCUACGGGUGCAAGAAGUUGGCCCGUUCGUCUAUCAGGAGAGCCUUCGUCGGGUAAACGUGCAGCUGCACGAAAACAAGACGGUCACGUAUCAAGAGAAGAGGAGCUACCGUUGGAUCUCCGGUCUCUCGGAGGACGAGAUAGUGAUCGUGCCGAACGUUCUGCUGAUCUCGGCACUCGCUAAAUCCCGUAAUCUUAUGUACAUCAUGCAGAUCAUGUUGACCACGAUGCUCUCGAGCGUCGGCGCGAAACCGUUCCUCGAGUUGACUGUCGGAGAGUACCUAUGGGGAUACGAGGACGAGCUGUUCGAAAUGGCCAAACUGGUCGCGCCGGCGAAGCAGCCUAUUGCCUACGACAAAUUCGGCAUCCUCGCGAUGAAAAACGGCGUCAGCGCGGAUCGCAUCACGAUACACACGGGAAUCGACGAUCUCCGGAAUCUCGGGAUGAUUCAAAGGAUCAACGGUAUGGAGCACCACCACGUAUGGGAGGACGAACAUUGCGACAGAAUAUACGGCACCGAUGGAAGCAUGUUUCCUCCGCACUGGAUCGCUCAGCCGAAUAACACCCUCUACGUCUACGUGAAAGACGCCUGCAGACGGUUACCCCUCGUCUACGAGCGUCGCGGUUUCGCAAACGGAAUUCCCACUCUAAGGUACAAAUUACCGAGCAACGUUUUUACGCCGACAACCAACAAAGACUCGUGUUUUUGCCCGAAGGAAUCGCACGAUUCGCUCCGCAGAACAUGCCCGCCGGUCGGAACGCUGAACGUUUCCGCCUGUAAAUUCGGAAGUCCGAUGCUCGUCUCCUUUCCUCACUUUUACGCGGGCGACGAGUCGUUGUUCCAGAGAAUCGAAGGGUUAGAACCUGACCAAGAACGACACGAGAGUUACAUCGAGCUUCAUCCGCGACUCGGCAUUGUCGUCGAUACGAAGAUGAGAUUUCAAUUGAACCUAGAGGUACAGAAAGCCGUCGGGGUGCCUUUUUCCGGGAGCAUGGAAGACGGCUCGAUCUUACCCUUAAUCUGGAUGGACUCGGGGAUCGAGGAGAUGCCCGAAGCGAUGCAAAAGAUGUUCUAUCAUAGCCAUUAUCUCGUGAACGCGAUCGAGGCGGGAUUUCAAUGGUGCAGUCUGGUCGCGGCGAUCCUCUCGUUCGGCGCGUUCCUCACCGCGCUGAAGAGGGAUCGACCGGUAGAAUCGAAACCAGCGACUCCGUUAACCGAUCGAAGCGAAAUCAGCGAACUCAGCGAACUCAGCCUACCGUAAGACACGCGCUUUCUUCUCCCGAUCUCGAUCUCCGCCUACGAUCUCCGUCUCGAUCUCCGCCACGAUCUCGAAAGCCUGUUGUUUGUAAGAAAAAAAAAUCCAACAUUUCUUUCGUUGUUUCGCCUGAAAGAUA